ACUCGCUCAUUACUAUCUAAGGGUUGUAUCCGGGUCGAAUCGAAUAUGAAGGUCUCUACUACCAGCGUAACGGCGUUGGCCGCCGGUGCUGUUGCCGCACCCUCUAACAAUGUGCCCCGCAAGUCUGCUGCUGCUUGCGCGGAGGCUGUCACGCUCGACGCCAGUACCAACGUGUUCGAGCAGUACACUUUACACGCCAACACCUUCUACCGUAGCGAGGUUGAAAAGGCCGUCGAGGCCAUUACGGACUCUGCCUUGAAGGCUUCGGCUGCCAAGGUUGCUGAUGUCGGUAGCUUCCUGUGGCUCGACUCUAUUGCCAACAUCGCAAAGUUCGACGAGGCUGUCGCCGACGUUCCCUGCGAGAACAUCCUUGGUCUCGUCAUCUACGACUUGCCCGGUCGUGACUGUGCCGCCAAAGCCUCCAACGGAGAACUUAAGUACGACGAGUUGGACCGAUACAAGACUGAGUACAUCGACCCUAUUGUCGAAAAGAUCAAGGCCAACCCCAACACGGCUUUCGCCCUUUUGAUCGAGCCUGACUCCUUACCUAACCUUGUCACAAACGCAGACAAGACUGCCUGCGCAGAUAGCAAAACUGGCUACGAGGAGGGUGUCGCGUACGCCCUCAAGAGCCUCAAUCUUCCCAACGUCGUCAUGUACAUCGACGCUGGUCACGGCGGUUGGCUUGGUUGGGAUGCCAACCUCGACCCCGGUGCAGAGGAGCUUGCCAAGGUCUACAAGAACGCCGGCAGCCCCGAGCAGGUUCGUGGUUACGCCACCAACAUUGCUGGCUGGAAUUCCUGGGACGAGGAGCCCGGUGAGUUCUCCGAUGCUUCGGACGCCAAGUACAACUCGUGCCAGAACGAGAAGACGUACGUCACCAAGUUCUCGGCCGCCCUAAAGACAGCUGGUUUCCCCGAGCACGCCAUCGUCGACACUGGCCGAAACGCCGUCACCGGUCUCCGUGAGGAAUGGGGUGACUGGUGCAACGUUGACGGCGCCGGUUUCGGUGUCCGCCCCACUGCCGACACUGGUCUCGAGUUAGCUGAUGCCUUCGUCUGGGGUAAGCCCGGUGGUGAGUCGGACGGCACUAGCGACGAGAGUGCUACCCGUUACGACUCCUACUGUGGCAAGCCUGAUGCCUACAAGCCUUCCCCCGAGGCUGGUGAGUGGAACCAGGCCUACUUCGAGAUGCUUCUCAAGAACGCCAAUCCCGCGUUCUAAGGAGCUGAUAAAAAUAACCCUGGCAUUCGCGUCGAACGUGGGGGUUCAGCUGGCGAAAUAAGUAAACGUGGAUCGAGGCUCUGUCCAGGCCUGGUGACACGGACCCAAUGAAAAUAAGAAAAGCACUAGCUGUUCGGACCGCAGACGCUCUUUUUUCCCGCUCGAUUAGAAUCCUGUACUGAAUAUUCAACUGUAUAUAGCUUUUGUGCAGUACAUAUACAACUUUUCUCUUUACCAGUAAUUUGAUUCGUGACGGAGUCUUAAUCGUGAAACAACAAAAACUAAUUUUG